GGCAUACUACUUCAUAAUUAAUCACUACUAAGAAAGAGUAUAUAAAUGUUCCUUCUAUUCUUCUGCUUCUGUGCUGCAGAUAAAGUGAAAGAAAAACAUCCAACCUUGAGUGAGUGGACAAGGUCUAUGACUCAGAAAAGAUUGGAGCUUAGCCGGUCAACACUAGAUGGAUGUGAAGAUGGAAGGCUAGACCCAUUGAUCAAGGUACUAAAAAGGAAUGGUAACCCGCCAAAUGAGCAAAUUCAAGCUCAAAACACAAACUGUCAACUGGAUAGGGACCAAAGGAAGGAGCACUCUGAAAGCCUGGUUGCUGCUAUCAACAAGCUCACUGAUGCUCUGGUAAGAAUUGCUGAUAGGUUAUAAGAAAGAAAAUAUAUAAUAACUCAGCAACUUUUAGCUUCCUGCAAUAUGACAAAGUAUGCAAGAAAUAGAUUUCCAGGUGUCUU